AUGAAGUGGUUGGUACUCAUCGCCAUUUCUGCAGUUUCCGCCAAUGCUGAAUUCUACGCUGCGCUUGGAGAGUUUUGCGGCACAGCUGACAAUGGAGACGCACACCAAUGCCAGGGUGGGUUGUCAUGCUACAUGCACAAAUGCACUGCCGGGGGAAACCUACGUGGCCACGCUGGACACGCUGCCUAUGACUACGGGCACGCAAUGAGUUACGCUCACCAUUCUGUGCACUAUCCUUCGUCAUACUCUCACUAUUCCACGGUGCACUAUCCAGCCUCCUACGUUCAUCACGUCCAUCAUGUUGUGCAUGUGGUGCACUCUCCAGCACCAGCCGCACCAGCCAUUCACACCGUGCAGGUUCCAGCACCGGCGGUUCAUCAUGUCUAUCACACAGUGCAGGUUCCAGCACCGGCGGUUCAUCAUGUCUAUCACACCGUGCAGGUUCCAGCACCGGCCGUUCAGCAUACCUAUCACGUCGCCCAUGUGGAACCAGCGGUUCAUCAUACAACCUAUCAUACCGUGCAGGUUCCAAUGCAGCACUCAGCAACUUAUGUGUCUCCCACAGUGGCGCAUUACCCAGCCAACUACCCAGCUGCUUAUCCAGCAACAGCGCAGGCGCCCGUGCAGACCUUUGACACAUCAGCGUGGACCUCUGCAAAGCCUUCUGACUUCACCAUGGAGAAUCAGAUGUGCAGCUCCACUACGGGCUUGGGAGCCAAUGGAAAGCCAUGCGCUCCCUGGCUUGGCUGCUAUGUGCAAACAGCCCGGACUUGGCCAUUUUUUGGGCACUACGCUCACAGCCCGGCCAUUGGAACCGCUAUUUGCAAGCCUAAAGUUGUUCAAGUUGGUCAACGCUGUGGGGCUGCGCUGACGACCUACAGCAACAUCAACGUCGGGCGAUGCCCAAUGUAUUCCCACUGCGUUUCAGAUGUCACCUACACACAAGGCUUGUUGGGAGCUGGCACAUGCUUUCAGAGUCCGUGGGAGAGGUUGGGAGAUUUUUUCGACCCUUGGCACAACUACAUCCACCCUUGGAACAACUACGUCCGAUGA